UUCUCUCUUCUCAAAGUCCUUCCUCACUAACACCAAGAUAAUGGUCAUGUAACGGUCCCAAGUUGGUACUUCUUGUCUUCAUUCCUCUCAACGUCAAGCAUCUUCAACAGCCUAACCUCUUCAUUUGAUUUAUAUUUAUAUAUUUAUCCACCAUUUUCCCUAAUUUAUUAAUUUUCUAUAUUUACUCAAAUUUCACCUUUUUUUGUUUUCCUUAUAUUAAUAAUCACUUCACAAAUUCCCCACAAACAUCUACUCCAUUUCUUAUUUUUCAUUUCUUUCCAAAAAGUCAUUGUAUUCUCUCCCUCCCUUUCAAGUAAAGUAUCCAACUUUUUCUUUAUUUUCUGUCCAUUUUGCAUUUUUGUUUCUGGGUUUUUGUGGGUUUAUCAUAAUUCUUCUUGAGAUCUACAAAAAAUGGGAGUUUCCCAAUGUAAUUACACUAAAACUAUGAGUAUAAAGAAUAACCCACUUGAUGAAACUCAAAAAACCCAUCUAAAUCCACACUCUUUAACACCUUAUGAUGAUAAUCAUGAUAAAGAUGAUCACUUUAAUAAUUACAAUGAGUUAAAGUUCAAAUCUUUAUUGAUGAAAAUGAUUUGGGAUUUUGGGUUUGGUUGUUUUGUGCCUUUUAAUUCCGAUAAAGAAGAAAUAAUUAGCAAAAAUGGUGGAAUAAAUGACAAUUUGGAGCAUAAUAAGGCAUGGUUACUUGCAGAAUCAGGUGGUGAUUUAGCUAAUAAUGGUGAACCUCAUUCAGUUCAUUCAUCAUUUAGGUUUAGUAUUUGCUCUCAAGUUGAACUUGAUUCUAUGAAAACUGCAAAUUUAGCAAGUUCUACUACUAUUUUAAUGGUGAAUUUGGAUAAUAAUGUGAGUGAUGCUAACUCUAAAGAGCUUAAAUGGAGAAGGAUUGAAUCAUUAGAGAAGAGUAUUUCUCCUGUUGCUAAUUCUUUAAUCAGGUUUAGUUAUGGUGAAAUUGUUUCUGCUACCAGAAAUUUCUCUGCAGGUAGAGUUUUGGGCAGAGGUGCACUAAGCUAUGUGUUUAGAGGUAGAGUUGGAUUUUUAAGAACAGCAGUUGCAAUUAAGAGAUUAGACAAAGAAGAUAAAGAGACACCAAAGGCAUUUUGCAGAGAAUUGAUGAUUGCAAGUUCCCUUCAACACCCAAACAUUGUUCCUUUAUUGGGCUUUUGUAUUGAUUCAGAAGAAGGCUUGUUCUUGGUCUACAAAUAUGUGUCAAGUGGAAGCUUAGAACGCCAUCUUCACGGGAGGAAGAAUGGAGUAAAGAGUUUCGCGUCGCUUUCAUGGUCUGCAAGGUAUAAAGUUGCAGUUGGUAUUGCAGAAGCCAUUGCAUAUCUACACAAUGGAACUGAAAAAUGUAUUGUUCAUAGAGAUAUUAAACCAUCUAAUAUUCUUCUUUCUUCAAAGAAAAGACCUAAGUUAUGUGAUUUUGGAUUAGCUACAUGGACUCCAGCACCAUCAGUCCCUUUCCUUUGCAAGACUGUGAAAGGAACAUUUGGUUACUUGGCUCCUGAAUACUUCCAGCACGGGAAGGUAUCAGAUAAAACCGAUGUAUAUGCCUUCGGAGUGGUUCUUUUAGAGCUAAUAACAGGUCGGAAACCAAUUGAAGCAGCCAGGCCAUCCGGAGAAGAGAAUUUGGUUCAAUGGGCGAAGCCACUCAUGGACAAAGGAGACACAGGAUUAGACAGUUUGCUCGACCAACGAGCUAAAGUUACUCCGAAAAGUUCAAAACUGAUAACCCAAAUGGUUCAUGCUGCACUUGCUUGUGUAAACAGUGAAGAAUCGAGCAGGCCAGGAAUCAACGAAGCCAUCGUUCUACUACGAGGAGAAGGCUGCCUUGUUAAGGGUAAGUCUGGUUUUGGUAGUAGAAAUAGUUAUGCUUCGUACAAUGAACAAAAUGCGAAAUGAAAAGUCAUUUUGCUUUGGCUAUGCUUGGAGUAUCCGAGUUGGAUGAUGAUGAUUUCUUGUAUGGUUGAUGAUACUCAUCGAUAAAAAUGUGGGCGUUCUUCCUCAACAAGAGAUACCGAAAGUUUGUAUAGAAAAUAGGAUCGGUGUGUGUACAUAUCCUCGAAUAUCUUGCUCGAAAGAGAUUGAGACUUUUUCGAAGUUUCAAUUGAGGAACUGAGAAACUCAUCAUUGUGCAAAAUUUGUCCAGAAAAUCGGAGUGAUUGAGCUUAUUGAACUUUUUGGCAAUACAAAUUGGUGUUCCUUUUCCGAUGUGAAAA